CUUGGGAACGUUGUUCUCAACGUUGCGAUUCAUCUGGUUUCCUCCUCUUCGCCUGCAAAGCAACCGCAUUGGUAGAUUUUCUCUGUUAGUGCUUCUUUGGAAGAUCCGACCCAACAGGAGCGCGAUGAUGGAAGAGCUUGUAGGUAUCGUCGUUCUUGCACUGGUCACAUUCCUAGCGUUUGCAGUGAUCGUAGGCCUAGCGUUCGCUUUUCGGGGGCUCCUGCUUAUCAAGUGGAAGAAAAGAAGCGCAGAGCACAAUCUGGAUGAGUCGCCUGCUACUACAGACGACUUGCCACCGGCUGCACUGAGGCAAGGGAUCGAUUACGAGGUGUUCUUGAGUUUUAGAGGACUCGACACUCGCAAAAACUUCACCGAUUGCCUAUACCAUGACCUGGUUCAAUCCGGGAUUCACACCUUCAGAGAUGCGGAAAAGCUCCAAGUUGGAGACAGCAUUGGUGACGAGCUUCAUCAAGCAAUAAAAAAUUCGAGGAUCUACAUACCAGUUUUGUCCAAGAAUUAUGCUAAUAGCAAAUGGUGCCUGAUGGAGCUUGCACAGAUGGUGAAAAGCAAGAGAUCGUCAGCUCAACGACAGAUAUUUCCCAUCUUUUAUGACGUGGAACCUUCGGAUGUUAAGCUCAAGACUAAUACAUACGAGAGAGCUCUCUCCCAACAUGAGAAAAAGUACGGCUCUAGAAGAGUCCUGGAAUGGAGGGAGGCUCUUAUAGAAGUAUCUAAGCUGAAAGCAUGGGAAGUAAAAUCUAGAGGACAUGGAGAACUCAUAAAGUUGAUUGUUCAGAAGGUUCUGAUUGAAUUGAAGAUCAAUUAUCUAAAUGUGAGUGACCAUAUAGUGGGAAUUGAUGAUCCCGUUGAACAAGUAACGAGGUUGCUAGAGGUUGGUUCAGAGGGUGUACGUAUGGUUGGAAUUUGUGGAAUGGGAGGGAUUGGCAAGACAACUCUAGCCAAGGUUGUCUACAAUCGCCUUUCUUCUCAUUUGAGAGUUGCAGUUUCAUCGCUGAUGUCCGAGAAACAGUGAAAGCCCAUGGUCUUCCGACUUUACAGAAACAACUAACACGUGACAUCCUCAGUUGUAACUGCGUAGGACCUCUAAACGUUGACGAAGGGAUCAACCUAAUCAGAGAGAGGUUUCAAAAUAAGAGAGUUCUCAUUCUUCUUGACGAUGUUGACCACAGGGAUCAACUCAAGGCACUAGUAGGGAAACAUGAUUGGUUUGGUUCCGGAAGUAGGAUUCUAGUUACGACAAGAGACAGGAGUGUCUUCAGUGCAGGAAGGGAAGGUACCUCUGAAGUUCCGGAUCACUAUGAGGGUGACUGGAUUUAUGAAGUUGCCGAAUUGAAGCGUGCAGAAGCCUUGGAACUAUUCAGCGGACACGCUUUCAGAACAAACUCUCCUCCGCAAGACUACAUGGCUCUGUCAAAAGAGGUAGCCCUCACCACUGGAGGGCUCCCUUUGGCAAUUGAGGUCAUAGGUUCCUUUUUGUGUGGCAAAAGCAAGGCAGUAUGGGAAGGUACUUUGGAAAGGUUGAAAGAUGUCCCACAUAAGGAAGUUGAGAAGAAACUGAUGAUAAGUUAUGAGGCAUUGGAAUAUGAACAACAACAAAUAUUUCUCGAUAUUGCAUGUUUCUUUAACAAACGGAAUAGAAUAAAUGCUUUUUAUAUGUGGGAUGACUCUGGCUUUUGUCCAGAGUAUGGUUUAGCAGUCCUUCUCCUAAUGUCUUUAGUUAAAAUUGGAGAUAAUGAUGAGUUAUCCAUGCAUGAUCAACUUAGAGACCUUGGUAGGGAGAUUGUUCGCCGUGAGAAUCGUAAAGAUCCCGGGAGGCGUAGUAGGUUGUGGAAUGACAGGGAAGCACUAGAUGUGCUGAAAAGUAAGAAGGGAACAGAUGAAGUUGAAGCACUUGUUUUGAACUAUUAUACUAAGGGUUCUGAUACUGCCUUAAAGAACCAGAGCUUUACUUGUGAAGAAUUUUCAAGCCUCUCAGAGCUAAGAUACCUCCAAAUGCAUGGCGCGGACCUUGUUGGGGACUUCGAGCAUCAUUUCUCAAAACUAAGAUGGCUUUCUUGGAAAAAUUGUCCUCCAGAUUUUCUAGCUACCAAUUUUCAUCCUAGAAAUCUAGUGGUUCUUGACCUGUCAUGGAGCAAAAUAACACACAAAUGGAAAGGCUGGAAGCAGAUUGAGAUGGCCAAGAAACUGAAAGUUCUGAAUCUUUCCACUGCGACAAGUUGACCAAGACUCCAGACUUAUUAGCCUAUGGAAGCCUGCAAAGAUUGAUUCUCGAAGGGUGUUUGCGUUUGUUUCAUAUUGAUCCGUCAAUUAUUCACUUGAAGUGCCUCACUCAUUUGAAUCUCCGAGGAUGUUAUUCUCUGAAACACAACACCUGGCGUAACAUAAGUUUCCUGGAGGAUCUUGAAGAGCUCAUCACGGAUGUACCUUCUCAGAAAGCUGAUCCUAUGUCGCAAAGGACAGAGAAGCUGGAUACUUUAAUUGCUACCCAUUGGAAUUUAACGAUCUCCCAAGUGCAUCACAAGAUCAACCCGAGAUGGUACACAUCGAAGUGUCCGCUCCAUCAACUGUCACCCAAUUCCACAUACCCAAGCACAGGAAUGACUCAGUCUAGAGAUUCGACAGGAGUGGAAGAAGAACACAAAGAUUUGGCUUCAAACCAAGUAGAGUGGGUGGAGAGACUUCCAGAAUCAGUGGGGUAUUUGGAAUCACUGGUUGAGCUGGACUUAUCAAGCACAGGAAUUACCGAAUUACCUGAUUCGAUAGGUAAUCUGAAGAAUUUGAAAGUGCUGAGAAUUGAUGGAAGUUGCAUAAGAAAGUUACCUGAUGCUAUAGGAAAGGCAGAGAAACUCGAGGAACUACAUGCCUUAAAAAGUGAGAGGUUAGAGGAAGUUCCUAGUAAUUUUGUGUGCCUUCCCUGCUUGAGAAUCUUGAGAUUAUCAAGAACUGCCAUAACUAGAAUACCGAAACUUCCAGCAAGCCUAACCAGUCUACAAAUUGAAUCACGAUCAGCAAGCACUAUCCCUGAUCUGUCGAACCUCCUCAACAUAAGAGACUUGGACUUGGAUUUGAGGAUAUUUUCCUCUAGAGAGCCAUCUCACCUUCUACAAACUCCCGGCCCCAGUUGGAUUGGGAACUUAUCCAAAUUGGAGCGCUUAAAAUUGUCCCUUUCAAAUAUUAUCUCUCUGCCUUCAUCUUUAGGCUCAUUUUCAGGUCUCAAGAAACUUGAGCUCCUGUCCUGUGUAAACCUCAAAUCCCUGCCACUGCUUCCCACUAGUUUGACAGAGUUAUCCAUCCGAAAUUGUAUUUCAAUGAUAACAUUACCGACAGUUUCCAAUUUGGAGAACUUGUUGUUAUUUGCUCUUGCCGAGACACAGGUAACUGAGAUCGAAGGACUUCGGGGCCUAGUAUCACUCAAACAUUUGGAUAUACAAAGGUGCAAAAUUGAAAAUCUCGAUGAGCUCCAACAAUUGCAAAAUUUAUCCACACUGAAGGUUUCAACCUGUGAGUUCCUCCAGAGACUGCCUGAUCUGUCAAACUUGCCGAAAUUAAGGGAGUUGAGGCUACUUCAAUGCACAAACAUGUUUGAGAUUCGAGGUCUUGAAGAAUUAGAAUGCUUGGAAGAGUUGUGGAUUCAAAAUUGCAUUUCCUUGCAAAGAUUGCCAAACCUAUCAAACUUGAAGAAGCUGAAAGUUUUGAAUGUAUACAAAUGUGAGAAGAUUCACAGCAUUCAUGGAGUAGAGGAAUUGAAUUCCCUGAAGGAUCUAACUGUGUGUGGAUGCGAGGCAGAAUCUUCGCCUAAUGUGUGUCUUGCAAAGAAGAGAGUUCUCCAACAGCAUUGGCAAGCCGGGGCUUUUCAAGAAUUCUGAGUUGGUAAUAGCAUGAACUCCAAAGGGAUCUCAGUUAACGAGGCUAUUCGGUACCUACAUGUACUUUCUUGCCCUCGCCCUUGGCGAGCGUUGUUUUUUUUUUAACUUCAGUUAAUUGUAACAGUCUUGCGUGUAGUUUCUAAGCGUGUAGUUUCUAAAAGUUAACUAAGGCCCCGCAUGGAAACAUUUCUAUU